AUGAGCUGCGAUUUACUACCGGAAUGGCUGAAUCUUUUCUUGGACGAUGUGGAAACUACUUUAUGUUUACCGAUAUUGCUCAUCAUGAUUCUUUGUACUGUUCAAUUUAUAAUUAAUCACGCUAUGGAUAUUGGACUUACCUUCUAUCAAAAUAUAAUGCAGAAAUCGAAUGAAGACGAGGAAGAAGAUGACAAGGAGAAGGGUGAAGAUUUAAUGACCAAGAUUAGAGGGUAUUUAUGUAAUAUCUCUUGUGGUUUUAAUAAUACCAAUUCGAAGUCGGAAGAAAACGCAGCUCCAACUAUGCUUAGAUCAAAUUCGCAAGAAGAGGAGUGGGAUUAUUGCGAGGACGAUGAAGAAAAGUGA